AACAAGUUUUCUGAGAGAAUUUUAAACAUGGUUUUAAUUUUUUGUGUUAACUGUUAGCGUUUAAUUUUCUGUUUACAAUUAACUACAUGUAAAUGAAGUGCGUUUUGUAUUCAGGAACUUGUCUGCUAAUUUCGUUUUGAUGGAAUAGUUAUUGUUGAAACGGACCACGACGCGUAACAUAAUUUACGCAAUACUUAGUUUUAACUAAACAUCAUAAGAGUUUCUGUUAGUUAAACUAUGAAACAACAUAGGGCCUUUUAUUAAAAUAAAAUAGUAAUAAUGCCCUCGUUUUACAGUUUUAUUCAUGUUAUUUUGAAAAUGUUAUUCUAAAUCAAUCAGUCAAGUUAUACAAACUUAAAUACCAUGGGGCUUCUUAUUUCAAAAAUUUGGAGUUUAUUCGGAAACGAAGAACACAAGCUUGUCUUAGUAGGACUUGAUAAUGCAGGAAAGACAACAAUACUGUACCAGCUUCUUCUUGGGGAAGCCGUUCAUACAAGACCAACUAUUGGAUCAAAUGUUGAGGAAGUGGUCUGGAAGAAUCUUCGUUUUGUCAUGUGGGAUCUCGGUGGGCAGCAGAGCUUAAGAUCGGCUUGGAACACUUAUUAUACUAAUAGCGAGUUCGUUAUCAUGGUGGUGGAUUCUACAGAUCGUCAGAGACUAAGCAUCAGUCGAGAGGAAUUGCAUAGAAUGCUAGCUCACGAAGAACUCACUAAAGCAUGCCUCUUGGUAUUUGCAAAUAAACAGGAUGUCAAAGGCUCAAUGACUGCAGCGGAAAUAUCUGAACAGUUGGACUUGACAUCCAUAAAGCAACAUCCGUGGCACAUUCAGGCAUGUUGUGCUCUUACAGGAGAGGGGUUGCAUCUUGGCCUAGAAUGGAUUGCAAGUCGUAUAAAGAAGAAAUGACGUGCCCUCUGUAGUUAACAACCGUUGGUUGUGGUGGUCAAUGGCUGUCUGUCAGUCAUUCCUCGAUCCCACGCAGGUUGAUUUAUUUUUUAAGAUCUAAUUGUAAAUUUACUGUAAUGAAAAUUUAAGUUUAUCAAUAAUCAAUGUGAUGUUUAUGUAUUAGUUUAAGGUAAAUUGUAAGGUUUAAAGUAACUAUUUUUUACAAUUUUGAAAUGACAUCUUUACAAUAAUGGUUUUAAUAAAAUAGUUUUGUUUUUAAUUUGCAUGUUCUUAUUGCAUCCAUAGGUAAGUAGUUUAAUCGAUCUUGUAACUCAUAGACGCCUAAUAAAUAUCGAACGUUUUCAUAUACCAUAUUAGGAGAAUACACUCCCGGUAGUUAGUAGCGAUUGUUGACCAAUUACGAUAAGUCUUACUCAUUACCUGACCAAUGAGCAUUCAGUACCGCGCGCGCGCUCACUUCAGUUGGUUUACAAACUGCUUGUAAUACGAAUUUGGUAUUAGGAGUCUAUUGGGUUAUAAUAUCAAUAGUUGUUAUCACUAGUAAAAUAUAAAGGACGAUAUCCACUUCUGUUUGAUUUAUAGAAAAUGUUCUUAGUGUAAAUAUUCACGAAGAAAAAGGAUUGUUAGCCAUUGUUUUAUUAUAAAUGUACAUUUUAAAAUGUGUAGUUUAUUAUUGUACUUUUAAAUUUUCGUUAAUAUGAUAUUGAUUUUAAGAUAGAUAAUUUAUACGUUUCGAUAGAGCCUCUUUCUGUUACUUUAUUAGGUUUAAGUUCUAUUACUUUAGUGUGUACGACAGCUACGUCUAACACUCGCGAUACGUCAAUCACUUUGUUUUAGUGUGCGUGCGAUGAUCCUUGCUGAAAAUAGAGGCUAAUAGUUGGCCGCUAUUUUACUUGCCGUGUUCAAAGCUGUCACAGUCUACUAUACGUAUAGAUUAUCUAAGUUUACAUGAAACACUAAUGUGUAGUAGUAAAACAAUGUUUGCUUCCAAAUUUUGACGAUUUUAUUACAUCGAUAGAACAAUUAUCAUAACAAAUUGUAAACGGGCAUCUUAUUGCUAUAAAUCAUACUUAUUGCAACCAAAAAUACUGUGUUUAUUGGUUGCCUAAAAUAUUUAUACAAUAUGUACAAAACAAGCAUAAUGUUGCGAAGCGCUAACAAAAUUAUAUGACAAUAAUAAUUGUCUAUCACAAAAGUUAUAAAAUUGAAAUAAUAUUUGGUAUAAUGGCAAUAUUUAAUCAAUAGAUAAUUCAAAAAUUGAACUCAAAGCGUUGAACUUAAACUUAACUUUAUAAUUAUGUAUACAAUUUAAAUAAAUAUAAAUGUAUCUAUUAAAUAACCAUAGCUUACAAUGUAAAGAAAAUUGUACAUCACAUUCUAUGUCCUAUUAGGAAUUCAGUGUUAUUUUGUUAUUAUAUGUAACUAACUAUACACCAAGUAAAUAUAUUCCUCCUUAUUCAUAAUGGUCCGCUAACUUAAAACAGUUGCUAAGGAGUGUUUUUUCUCAUUCUAACUUAGGUCAAUAGAAAACAGAGCGAGAAUUAGCAAUGCUCUAAGUUAACAGACUAUUAUGAAUAAGAGGUAUUAUGAUUAAUAUUUAGUUAAUUUUCAUGAUUAAUAUUUAGACACCACUUAGCAUAAUUUAAUUUUUUAUCCAUUUUUAAUAGUGUUAGUAGUUCUUAAUAAUUAAAUAUACCAGGUUCACUAAUUGUGAUUAAAUAUAGUUUAUGCACUGUAUAGGUUGAUUAUUGAUAAAUAUAACACUAAUAUUGUAUAGGUUAAUUUGAAAAUAUUUUUACAACAAUUGAUGUAAAUUUAAUAGAAAUAAUGAAAUUUAAAAUUAUUAUUAAAAACUAAAAUCUGAAUAUGUACCAUGUGAAUGUUGUUAAUAAAAUAUAAUUAUUAUUAAAAGUAAUAAAUGCUAUGAAUCGCUCAUUAUUUUAAAUAAUUAAAUUAUUAUUAUUAUGCUUCGUAUUUCAGAUGACUGAAAAGAGAUUCUACUGACUAUGAAUAAAUUAUUUUAAAAUAA